AUGGGUAAACUGAAGAACAAUUUCCCCGCCAAUAUAGAAGACACCCAACCGAUUGACUCUCUUCCCUCUUCUCCUUCUCACUCUGGUGAAGAGAGAGAUUCUUGGAUUGGGAGUUUUGCCGAUGAGUUAAUGCAGGACACUGUACCUUUUGAGGAUGAUGCUUGGAUCAGUGAUGAGUAUACAGAGACUCAGGUCAUGGACAAUGAAUGUGGUACCGAAGAGUUUCUUCUUUGUUGUGAAACUCAAGCUGUGGAUUUGGGGCUUGUGGAGGAGGAGCAGUUAAUUCAAGGUUCUGAUGGCUUAGAUACGCAGGUGCUGGAUCGUUUUGAUGAUAACGUUGUUGUUGCGGAUAGUGAUGAUGAUGAUGAUGUUACUGUUUUCUUGGAGGAUUACAGCGAGAGGGAGGUCUCUGACUGUGGUGACUCGCGUAGUAAAGGAGGAAAUUUGUUAAUUAGUGAGGAUCAGAAUAGAGAACAUGCUAAUGAAAACACUAAAUCAACUGUUGACGUUGAUGCUGAAUGUGGAAUCUCUGGAAAGGUGGCUAGAUAUGCUUCAGUUCGUUCAGCAGCUUUUCGUGCUUCUGCUGUUGCAGCUCGUGUUGCUGCCCAAAAGCUUCUCAACAGUGACUGUUCUACUUUAGCCAACUGCCAUUCUUCUGAUCAAACAGCCACUCAUUACUCUCGUCCUGAACCAAAUAUCGGAGAUGUAAGAGAUCAAGAUUGUCCUCCCAAUAUGCCUGUAGAAAAGAAAAAUGAAGGAAACAGAACAGCGAGGAAGCUCUUCCCUGAAGAUGAUUCGCCUGAAGAAAACUGUCCUCCUCCUGGUUUGAGUUAUAUAGACUCUCAAGAGCCUGGCGAGGCAUCACAAGCCAAUGCUCUUGAAUUUGUUGAUAAACUCAUUAGCGAGUCAGGGAUAAAGUUUGAUGUGGAAGUUGGAGCUGACUGUGGAAAGAGAACAGAAGAAAAAUCAAAAAGCAUUCCGAGUGUUAAAGGUCCACAAGAAUUAGCGAAGAAAGCAAGUUACAAAGCAAGAGCUGUUGGAAACAGUAUUUUCGACUGGGAUGAUAAUCGUGAGGAUGAAGGAGGUGGUGAUAUUUGUCGUCGAAGAAGAGAUGAAAUAUUUGGAGUUACAAGUAAAGCAAGAAGAUCUUCUUCAACCUUGCUGGAUAAAAGAAAGGUUCAUUCUGAUUCUAGACUGUUGCAUAGUAGUGUGACUAGAGGUGGAAAGAUGAUCCAAGCCGCUACAAAGAAUCUUGGCAAAGAGUUAGAUGCGGUUUCGGAUGAACAUAAUAAGAAAAUAUCUGAUAUGCGUGAGUUGGUAGCUUUAGGGUAUGAUUCACAAGUGGCUGCUGAAGCUAUUGAUGCUGUGUGCUCUGGAGAGGGAAAGAAAGUUGAUGCUUGUAGUACAGGAAAGAAACUGCCACCGGGAGAAGAGAGAGGGUUUUCUAAUGGUGGAGUUAUUACUAGACAAGCCAAGGGAACUAAGAGGAUUCAAGCUAUGGGUAAAGAUGAAUUGUUUCAAAGAAGGAUGAAGAAGGCUAGUCCAAGUCCUGCUAAAUCUUGCGGGAAGAGUACUGAAAGAUCUUCAAAGAGAAGGAAGGUCCAUACUGCUUCACGAGAAACCAAAAAGAAUCUUGUUAAUGAGUUGGAUAAAGUUUCUAAGGACAGUAAUACAAGAAUGUUUGAUAGGGGUGAAGAGGUAGAAGCAGGCCCUGAUACGCAAAUGGCUGCUGAAGCGAUCAAUGAUCUUCACUCUGGAGACGCCAGAGAAAUUAAUCAUGAGUCAAAUUGUCUUAUAGGUAAGAAAUCUUCUCGGGAAGGAGCUGUUACCAGGAAAUCCAAGAGACUUAAGGGGAUUCAGGCUUUGGAUAACGAUGUUGAAUCGCUGAAACCAAAAUUCAAGAAGGCUAAAUCAAUUCAUGCCAAGGCCUGUGAGGAGAAUUUGGAUAGCUAUUCAGAGAAUGAGAAACAUGAUAUGCCAGAUGAAGUUGUUGUGUCAAUUACAGAGAAGAAAAGAGAAGAAUUAUCAAACAAACAUUGUAAGUCUAAGCUGCUUAAGCAAUCAAGUGGAGGUGAAGCAGAGGUGUUGAGUAACCCCAUGUGGAGAAGAUCAGCUCGUAUUUCGCAAGAUCAGGAAAAUGAGGCAGGGAGGAGUUCAGAUCCUGCUUUUGAUACUCCAGUCAAAUCUAAGGCGCCUUCAAAGACUGUAUCGCCCUCUAAUGCGCCUUCAAAGAAUGUAUCGCCUAUAUGCAUGGGCGAUGAGUAUCAUAGACUAACUUGCAAGGUUUCUCGUACAUCAAACACUACAAAUGAACUUCGUAACCUGACCUUACCGUUUGUGCAACCUAUUCCCGAGGCAAAGAGUACAAGAAAGAGACGAGAUUUGGCUAGUAUACGUGUCUUGUUCAGCCAGCAUCUUGAUGAAGAUGUGACCAAGCAUCAGAAGAAGAUUUUGGCUAAGUUUGAUAUCUCGGAAGCAUCCUCCAUGAUGGAGGCAACACACUUUAUAGCCGAUAAUUUUAUGCGCACAAGGAACAUGUUGGAGGCAAUCGCUUCAGGGAAGCCUGUAGUGACAACACAAUGGCUUGAAAGCAUUGAUCAAGUCAACAUAUAUGUUGACGAGGAACUGUACAUACUCAGAGACUCAAAGAAGGAGAAGGAGUUCGGUUUCAACAUGGGGGUUUCUUUGACUCGUGCACGGCAGAACCCACUACUAAAGGGGAGAAGAGUCUUUAUCACACCAAAUACAAAGCCUGGUUUAAACACAAUCACGACUUUGGUUAAGGCUGUUCAUGGACAGCCUAUAGAAAGACUGGGAAGAACUGUCCUAAGUGAAGAUAAGGUCCCAGAGAAUCUUCUUAUCUUAUCAUGUGAAGAGGAUCGAGAUAUCAGCAUACCAUUUCUAGAAAGAGGGUCUGAGGUCUAUAGCUCUGAGUUACUGCUAAAUGGGAUAGUUACUCAGAAGCUAGAGUAUGAGAGGUACCGUCUCUUCACAGAUCAUGUUAGGAGAACUCGUUCAACGAUAUGGGUGAGAGACGGCAAAGGAAAGUUCCAACGCCGUAGAGGGUAAACUAAAGGAGGAAAUGUGAUCAAACUACUCCUUUUUUUUGGUCAAAGUUUUAGAUUCAGUUCAAUAGAUUGAUUAGAAAGUGGUUGUAUAUGUAAUGUUUGUUGUCUUCUCUUUCCACUUUUUUUUUUUCAAUGCUAACAUAUUUUUCUUGUCACAUUAUCUCAGACCCUUCUUUUGGCUUCAGUUUAACUUAUCUGCUUAGUUUAACUUAUCUGCU